AACAAUUUUCACAUACGACUAGCAAGUGGGAGAGAGUCACAGAACACAAUACAAUCUUACAAAGUUACAACUUCCCAAAAACGUAAAAAAGUUGCCGUGAUUUCCGCCAUUUAUUCUAAAGUAGACUAGACUUGGAAAAAUUUUAACUGCGACAGACAUCCUGGGCUGGGAUGCUUCUUCAUCCACCGGCUACGGCAGCAUUUAUACUAAUUAUCGCCGCCGUAGUAUUUCCGGUGAGUAGUUUCCCGGCGAGUAUUUUGCAACUUGAAAGAGCUUUCCCGAUUAAUGAAAAAGUAGAGUUGGACGUUCUUCGGGCCCGAGAUGCGGCCCGUCAUGCCCGUAUCUUGCAGAGUAAUGGCGUUGGCUAUGGUGUUGUGGAUUUCACUGUUCAAGGCUCUUCUGAUCCUUCUUUUGCUGGGUUGUAUUUUUCUAGAGUGAGAUUGGGAACUCCUCCUAAGGAAUACAAUGUGCAGAUUGACACAGGAAGUGAUAUAUUAUGGGUUACUUGCAAUUCUUGUAACGACUGCCCACGGUCAAGUGGCCUUGGGAUGGAGCUUAAUUUUUAUGAUACCGCUGGCUCUUCGACUGCCAGCUUAGUGUCUUGUUCGGACCCAAUAUGUACUACAAUGGUUCCAACAACAGCGUCUCAAUGUUCUGCUGACACUAAUCAGUGCCGUUACUCGUUCCAAUAUGUUGAUGGAAGCGGGACGUCAGGGUUUUAUGUAUCCGAUAUGCUGUACUUUGAUAUGAUCAUCGGGAACUCUAUGAUCGCUAAUUCGUCUGCUUCUAUUGUUUUCGGAUGCAGCACCUAUCAAUCUGGGCAAUUGACCGAGUCAGAUCAUGCUAUUGACGGGAUCUUUGGUUUUGGUCAGCAAGGCAUGUCUGUUGUAUCGCAGCUAUCCUCUAGAGGGAUAACACCUCAGGCUUUUUCCCAUUGUUUGAAAGGAGAGGGUAAUGGCGGGGGUAUUCUGGUCCUUGGCGAAAUUUUGGACUCGAGUAUUGUGUAUAGCCCGCUUGUUCCAUCGCAGCGUCAUUAUAAUUUGGACCUGCAGAGCAUUGCAGUCAAUGGGCAAUUAUUGGCAAUUGAUCAUUCAGCAUUUACAGCAUCCGACAACCAGGGAACGAUCAUUGAUUCUGGAACAACUUUGGCAUAUUUGAUUGAAGAAGCUUAUGACCCUUUUAUUAAAGCGGUAACGGACGUAGCAGUGUCACAUUCUACCAAACCUCUUAAUUACAAAGGAUACCAAUGUUACUUGGUCUACACAAGUUUAAGCGAUAUAUUUCCAUUUGUGAGCUUGAACUUUGCUGGUGGUGCAUCCAUGGUGUUGAGACCUGAAGAAUACCUUUUAAAGAUGGGCGUUGUGGAUGGUGCAGUUUUAUGGUGCAUGGGUUUUCAGAAAGCUCAAGACCAAGGAGCUACCAUUUUAGGAGAUCUUGUUUUGAAAGAUAAAAUCUUUGUCUAUGAUCUAACACAUCAAAGGAUUGGAUGGGCUAAUUAUGAUUGUUCAAUGUCUGUCAACGUCUCGAUUACAUUUGGUAGGGAUGAGUUCAUUAAUGCCAGACAGCCAAGUAUGAGCAGCUUGUCCAAAAAUGUUCUCGUUGGAGUCGUACCUGUUCUCUUUAAGGCGCUUAUUGCACAGAUUAUAACGUUUCUGAUCAUGUAGCUAACCUUCUGAUUCGAACUAAUACCCAAGCCCAAUUUUCACUUCAUGAAUCCGUAUCACGGUUGAUUGGCAAGGCCUUCGAUUUUUUUUAUGUUCGUUUCGUAAAUCUCGUACGAAAUUUCGAUCUGUUGGAAGCUGAGUUUCAUUUUGCUUGGAGGGCGAGUCACCAGUUUGGAGUCUGAAACUGUUCCUGAUGUACAUUAUUCAUGUAGUGCUAGUGUAGUACUCAAAUUUGUAUGGCAGGUAUUGUAGAUUAUUAGUCCCUAUAAGAGGAAAUGAACAUUUUUGUUUACUUUUUGAAGAAAAAAAAGGCAAAUUACAAGUGCAA